GCAUAAUAAACUCGCCCUGUUUUCACUUUAGAAGUCCUAUUUAGCCGGUUGCCUUUAACACAGAUUCAGUAAAGUAAAGAAAUACAGAUAGCGACUAUGAAUCGUCUUCGAAAUCUCGCCUUUGUUUUGGCGUUCUCCUUAUUAACCGUAGCAGACUGUUCGACCGGGACACAGCCGCAGAUGACCGAAGCGACCUCGACGUCACAAAGUGGAGAAGACAAUGCAGAGAGAAAUCUUGUUGCUCUGAAGAACACGACGCUCCCUCCCAAUCCCUGUGACGCCGUAAGUUGCAGUCAUGGCUGUGACGUCAAUGAUGAUGGCGGCGCUCACUGCACGUGCCCGGUGGGGAAGGAAUUAGACGUAGACGAGAAGACGUGUAAAGAUAUCCCCAUCAAGUGUCCGGCGGGGUACAAACCUAAUGCUGCCAGGUCAGGAUGUGUAGACAUUGACGAAUGUCAACAGCAGCCUCCGGUCUGUGGCCACUCCUGUGUGAACACACCCGGCUCGUAUCGGUGUGGUUGCCCGGAUGGUUACCGGUUACAUCCCAACGGCAUUCAUUGUAUCGACAUAAAUGAAUGCAGAAUAAACAAUGGCGGAUGCUCCGACACGUGUUAUAAUACGCCCGGAUCUUUCAAUUGUAAAUGCCCACGUGGAUUUCAGCUAAUGGCCGGCGGCAAGAUUUGUGAACAAAAGUACAAAUGUCUUGGGUUCGGAUGUGCACACAACUGCCACCAGGCGGAGGUUUGGUAUGAACCUUACUGCACGUGUAACUUGGGCUAUAAGCUGGCGGCUAAUAAGAAGGAUUGUGUGGAUAUGAACGAAUGUGGAUUCUUUCACCGAUGUGACACUAGUUCAGGAGCUACUUGUGUGAACGUAGUUGGGAGCUACAAGUGCGUCUGCAAUGAACCAAAUAAAGUCCUCAGUGCUGACAAAUUAAAAUGUGAAUUAAAGGCGCAAGUGACCUGCGCGUCUUUGGGGUGCAGUAACGGAUGUGACGACACACGCUACCCACCUGUUUGCACGUGUCCCAAUGGUUACCGCCUGGACACCAAUGGACGAGAUUGCUCAGAUGUGGACGAGUGCGCUGAGCAAACCCAUGGCUGCACGGACACGUGCAUCAACACCGCUGGAGAUUAUCGCUGUGAGUGCCCGGCUGGUAAACGACUCAGCAACGAUCUGAAGACCUGCGUCAGCCUUUCACACGUGGCGUGUCCAAUGCCGACACUAUUCCGGGGCAGCGUGAACUGCACGUCCACUUCGUACAACCCAGGCACAAUAUGUACCCGGUCCUGCAGAACAGGGUUCGCAUUGUCCGGUCCUCCCAGUAUCAGGUGCCAGGACAAUGGAGUCUGGACCCCCGACAUCCCGGCACAGUGUACAGAUAUAGACGAGUGUGCAAACAACAAUGGCGGCUGCGAACAAACCUGCAUCAAUUUCCUUGGCCAACACGCAUGCGCGUGUCAAUCAGGAUUCCUCCUCAGAACGGACCGAAAGCAUUGCAAAGACGCCGAAAACCCAGAGUUCACAAACUGCCCAAGCAACAUAGAAGUCAACACGCAAUUGUCCUACGCCACUGUCACGUGGCCGGAAGUGACAUACACAGACAAUGUCGGGGUCGUAAACGUGGUUGGUCCACAAACUAAUGAACAGAAUUUUACCAUCGGAGUUCAUAAGGUGAAAAUCACGAUAUUCGAUGCUGAAGGAAACUCGGCACUUUGUUCCUUUAAGGUCCACGUGAAGGAUUUGGAACUGCCUGUCGUCAGCAAUUGCCCGGAUGACAUCAACAGGUUUGUUCUGGAGGGUGUCAUGGUGAAGGAGGUCACAUGGCCCGAGCCAACUUUUUCGGACAACUCCGGCAGCGUCACGGUGACGGAUAACAUUCCCACCGAUAAUCUGUUUCCCAUGGGAGAGUACAAUGUUAGAUACCAGGCUGCCGACCCGAGCGGGAACAUCGCCGUCUGUACCUUCUUGGUAAACUUGACACGUGUCAACUGCCCUGAUCUGAGGCAACCAGUUAAUGGUUCAAUAACGUGCGAUACGUCAGCCAUCAAUCCCUUCUGUGAAGCGAAAUGUGAUGCCGGUUUUGAAUUUCUGAAAUCUCCCCCCGAGCAAUAUGUUUGUGGAGCGGACGGAGGGUGGAUCCCUACUGACAACGUCCCGGAUUGCCAUCGCACUUUCACGCCGACUGCCGCAAAAGCAACAUUCAGCGCCCGCUACGCUCACGUGUGCAAGGAUCCGGAAAACGACCCAGUGUUUAUCAAACAAACCAUAAUGCCGAUGUUCCAGUCUCAGCACGUCCAGAGUCUCCAGUUCGCCUGUAUCAACAAACCCUGUACCUUCACAGACCCCGUCAUAACCUGCAGAGAAAAGGAUACACUUCUCACGUUUUCCAGUAACGAAGACCUCUCAGGGGGGCUGGACCUGAACGCCUACGUAAACGGCGUUUUAGCUGAAGUCCAGAAACAGAGAUAUGACUCAUUUUUUCUCACGCUUAUCAUUCCUGGAACUCCGGAGUUCUUCUUUCCACCAAUCGCGGAUUUGGAAAACAGGAAGAUAGACGUUCAGCUCAGUUUGACAUGCGCAGAUGGGCAGGUCCAGAUACGUAAUAAAUGCGUGAAGUGUCCGCCCGGGGAGCCAGACUGCCCCUUGAUUCAACCUGGACUCGCGUAGAGAUUUUUAUGAGAAGAAAAUAAGAGGCUGUGUGCAGUGAACUCUUCGACCUUGACCUUAGUCUGACAUCACGCCAUUUCCAAAGGCAGAUAGACAGUGUGGCUUAAAAACGUGGUCCAAAUAGAUAUAGCCAACUAUGGGCGCACUAAGAGAAUUCUUGCACAAAUCUGACUGCGGGCAUUUUUAUCCGGCUAUUAAUCGUGAUGAAUAUGCAGACUUUGCAAAUUGUUGAUUUAUACGCAAAGCGGGAAGACUUUCAGGAAUAAAUAUCCCUUCAAUAUAUAUAUAUGCCCUGUAGAAAGUUAUAGUCUUAACGUUUGCCUGUUCAUUUCCACUAUGCCUAUUACUGCAGACCCACCAAAAUUGAAGAUACCUGGACCGACUGUUCAAUGGAACAUAUUCCAUCAAAGUUCGUGCCUUUUUGUAUUCUGCUGUAAUCCACCUAGAAAAUAUUUUUUACGGCUUUGAGGAUUUUCUGAUGUGUAAUAACUUUAAUCUCACAAUAUUGUAAAUCGCUUUUACUCCUUUUGCUAUGGUUGCUAAACGUGCAUGCAUGGUCAAAGGAAUGAAAAACAAAUGAAUGGGAUGGUUCAAAACUGGAAACUCACUUCUGUUUCAUCAAAAUGAAAAUUAGUUUUCACAAUUUA